CUGAGCUGCGGUUUCCUUACGGUAUGUCAUUUCAGCACACCGUUUGUUUAUUUCAUGGCUUUUUUGCAGCAAAAAUAAUUCAAAUUUAACAAUUUUUCAGCUGUCUUUGACAAAUUGUAGUCCUUCGGUACAUUUGAUUUACCCUUACUUAGUUUUCUCAUUUUAUAGUUUUGCUAUCCUGACAAACAGGCCUGUUGAAUUAUGUUUAUGACGGAGGAGCAGAGUGAGGAAACUCCUGGAGGAGGACUGUCUGUAAAAGAAGAAGAUGUGGAAAAAGAGAAUGUGACCGAGAUUGCAGCUUUAGACGAAGAAGAAGAGGAGGAAGACGAGGAGACUCUUCCUCACCCAGAGAUCCUGGACAUAUUCGAGGAGGGUCUUGCUCAACUUGUUCAGGACCCUUUACUCUGUGAUCUGCCAAUUCAGGUAACUUUGGAGGAGGUUAAUUCGCAGAUCGCUUUGGAGUACGGCCAAGCCAUGACAGUCAGGGUUGUAAAGGCUGACGGAGAGAUUAUGCCGAUAGUUGUGGUGCAAAAUGCAACCGUCCUGGAUCUGAAGAAGGCUAUCCGCAGAUUCAUGGAGCUGAAACAACAGCGUGAAGGCGGAGUGAAACAAGUCAGCUGGAGAUAUGUGUGGAGAACUUUUCUGUUAAUAUUUCAAGGGGAAAAGCUUGACGAUGACAAGAUGAGGCUUAAGGACUACGGGAUCCGAAACCGGGAUGAAGUGACGUUCAUGAAGAGACUCAGGAAAAAGUGAAACGACCCACCCAACGCUUGAAAUAUCAGGCGAAAAACAAAGUUCCUGCAGUGUGUGCUGGGACCCCCUGCCAAGCAGACAUCAAAUGACUUUCACAAAGUUCUCAUGACUUGCUUGAGGCAGUCGGGACAUCUUAGUAUAAAAUGAGCACGCUUCUUGAAGAGGCUACAUGUAAAUACAUCUUGAGUUGUGAUUUUGUAAAGUUUUCUACAAACAUUAAAACAUAUGAAAGUGUGUUGGUGUUUUACUUGCAUGACAAAAAGGGCAUUCUGUAACAUUUUCCAGAGAGGUCAGCUGUGAACUGAGGAUUUGAAUAUUUCCUGGUAUGAGUAAACACUACCAGCCUUUGUUGACCUGGUUUGAAUAUUAACUGUACGAGAGACACUGGGAGC